UAUGACAUGUGGUUAUUACACAUCGUCUUGUAAAAAAAUAAUUAAAUCAAGUAAUACAUGUAUAUUUAUUUACCUUUCAUUUUAAUUCAUGAUUUUUGUUUGACAAAUUUGGUUAUUUAAAAAAAAAUUCAAUAAUUGAUCAUUUAUUAGGAGUUAAUAAAUGCCGUCGUGGAGGUUGGUUGUGUUUUCAUGUCCUCUGCAUCUCUAUUAGUGACGUCGCUCAGCAUCACAGAGAGAUGCUGAGGAGGAUUUAUAGGACAACAGGAGGAGGAGGAGCAUCUGCAGUCAACACAUCAUAAAGAGAGCUGCAGCAGACUGAGCUGCACCAUCUUCAUCUCAGCUUCAGCCUGCAUCAUCUCUCAGCUGCAAGAGGAUGGUGGGGCUGCAGCGGCUCAGCCUACCCAGAGCCUGAGCAUCCUUCCUGGGCUUCUGUCUACCUCAUCCUCCCACCUCAGUGUGGAGUUCUGACCCUCCAUCUGUCUGUCUGCAGCGUCUGUCUGUCUGCAGCGUCUGUCUGUCUGCAGCGUCUGUCUGUCUGCAGCGUCUGUCCUCCAUCAGCUGACAAUAUGGACGGACUCCGGCUGCCUCCCGUCAUCGAGGAGGUCCUGGAUCCAUCCGACGAGCUGUGUGAGCUGAAGGUGCUGAUUCCCGUUACGUUGGCAGAAGUCCUGACAGCCAAAGAGAAGGAGUCCCUGGAGGAGAAGGAGGAGAAGAAGGUGCAGGAAGAGGAGAAGGAGGUGCAGGAAGAGGAGAAGGAGGUGCAGGAGCAUGAAGAGGAGCAGCUGGAGGAGCUGAGAGCUCAGGUGUUCCAGCUGCUGAUGGAGCUGGAUGAGACCAGAGAGGUUUCUCAGAGACACGAGGAGGGUCUACAGGAGCUGCAGGGUCUCUUGGAGGACGAGCGCCUGGCGAGUGCUCACCAGGCGGAGAGUUUCACCAGACAGAUCCAAAGACUGCAAGCCCAGCUCCGGUCUGUCCAGGAGGAGAUGGACAGUCUGGAGGAGGAGAAGGAGAGCGAGCUGGAGGAGGUGCACGAGGAGCUGCGCUCAGCUCAGGAGGAGGUGCUGAUGCUUCAGCAGGGGGCAGAGGAGGUGGCGGGGGAGAGAGAGAACGACAUCGCCACCCUGCAGGAGGAGCUGUGUCGGCUGAGGGCGGAGCUACAGCGACUCCACGCCACAACGCAGGAGUACGAGCUGGAGGUCACCACGCUGAGAACCGAGAUCAGCAUGAAGAGCCACAAUACAGGAGACAGGAGUCAGCUGAAGGACGAGCUUUUCUCUUUGACUGAUGAACGUCAGUUUUUAAACAACGACAACAAAGAUCUGAACAUCAAAGUGGAGCAACUGCAAAGAGACACGUGUGAUGAUGUGUACCUGGCCGUCAAUGACCCCGAGCGGGAGCAGGUGAAGGCGGACUCUUACAUUACCCUGUCUCCGCCGGGUCCCGAGCACCAGGACCCGGACUCCUUGUGUGCCUGCAGCUCGGAGCUCAAUGUCCUUCAGGUCCAACUGAGACAAGCAGAGGAGACGUCCCUCAAAGUGCAGACGGAAUGCGACGCUUUGAGGGCCGAGCUGGUCGACCUGCAGCAGCUGUACGACGGCAGCCAGCGGGGGCGAGCGUCGCUGCAACAGGAGCUGCAGCGCUGCAAGGCCGAGCUGCAGAAGAAGCCACAGGGCCGGGACCCCGAGGGCUGGAGGCUGGCGGUGGCAGCGGUGGCCCUGGCAGCCAUUGUGGUUCUGGUGUUACCCAGCUUCACCAGGGCCUGAGGACUCCACAGGAAGUGACCUCACUGGGAACUCUGGGAUCGCCGCCCAUACAUGUUGCUGUCCUGAUGUCUGCUUGUCGGUUCUCCUGAAGGCAAUAAGACGUGAAGAAGUCCUCCAGAAGGACUCUGAACUCUUUGUGAGCUUUUCAAACGUCCAACUUCAUGAUCCACGAGUCCAGCUGGAAGUGUUCAUCGGAGUUUUUAUGUUGUCCAUUGUUUUUGCUGCUGAUACUUUCCUUCAAUGAAAGUAGUAAUACCACAGUGUAAGAAUAAAAAGUACAGAAGUAUAAACAUGCAAAUAUUAUAUUAUAGAGUAUUAUAUAUAUAUAUAUAUAUAAUGUUUUUAAAUAAUUCAGCAUGUUUAUAUGCUGGUCGAGAAGCUUUUAAUCUAUAAAAUAAUCAUAUUUUAUUUGUUGAUAUGUUUUGCAUGUACAAGUCUAACUUUCAGAGUAAAAAACAAAUGUUGUGAAUGUAGCAAAUAGAAUAUUUACCUCAAAAAUGUGCUGAAAUAUCAAGUAGUGUAGAAUAGAAAAGUACAAGAACUUCCAGAUUGUACUUCAGUACCGUACUGUUGUCAAAGUAUUCAUUUAUUUUCCUCCACUGUUCCCAGUAUGUGAUGGGAGUCGGUCGUUGGGUUUAUUGUCAGUGAAGUGAAGAAGAAGUCAUCAAUAACACCAGACUUCUGCACAUUAGUUUAUUGACAUGAAUUCUUUAGAUCUGAAAAUUCCAAUCAGUUUAAUUUAUAUUACAAUUAAUUGAUGAAUCCAAAACCCAAAAGGUGUUCCAUUUAUAAAGAACUUAAAAGUAGCAAAUGUUUGUAAUUCAAUAAUUGAUUUUUUUUUUUCUACAAUUCUUUGCCUUAUUUGUGCGUACUGGAGUAAUAUCAUAUUUUGCUCUGGCUGAGAUAUCGACAGCAGAUACAAGAAGAUGGUUUUGUGUUGGAAUCCAUUGACUUCCUGUUAUUUACUGUGUGUUGGUUGACAUGCAUUAUGUAACCCUUUACAGAUCUAUUUAAAUAUCUGUAUUUGUAUGUUUGGUCGUAUGUUCAUUACAGCUGUGAAAACCAGCUCUUUGUUGUAGCUGAAUCCUUCUGAAGAGAGAUUAUUUACUACGACUGUUGUCACUGUGCCACUUUUAAGCUCAACUCAUUUGAGAAAGAUAUUUUUGCACAGCAUAUCAGGCAGCUGAUAUAUGAUUAUGGAUACAGAUGGGGGCAAUACAUAUUAGUGGAUAGAAGAGGGGCCGGAAUAGAGCCUUCAGAUAACAUUCACUACCCUUGAAAUGAGGCAAACUGAGCUCAAAGGUACAAGAGCACAAGAGGACCCGGAGAAAGAUGUUGACGUUCAUUUAUGAAUUAUUGAUUAUAGAGGUGGCCUCUUCAGGGGAACCCUGUGUACAAGAAGACAGUGAAGUGAUUAUUUAUGUAUUAUUUUUGUAAAUAGUGAAGAGAAGAGGACCACAAAUGCAGCCCUGUGGGAUACCUUUAUUUUUGCUUUCUUGGCUUGGAACCAUAAAACAGCUGCUACUUGAGUUGUAAUUUACGGAUUGACCUAAAAAUAAUAAAUAUACCAUAAAUAGCUCAAAUAAUCGGGCUUUUGAUACAGCGUUGAUGAGAUCAAAGUCAAGAGAAACCAAACUGUCUACGUCUCAUUUCAGUUUGUGCAGACUCUCAAAGAUGUCAUGUUGCUUUAAUAUGAUGGUGAAAUGAACACAUUUCUUACAUUUAAUCUUUUUAUUAUAUAACGUGUUUUAGCUUUUCAAUGGAUCCUCAGAGACUCAUGAUUCUGUUUACAUUUGAGCGGGGACCAAAUAAUCAUAAAAUAUAAUCACGCUGGAAUGACAGUGAAAACAAACUGUUUUGCUUUGUGAUGUGACCAAAUAUUAACAGCUUAAAAAUAAAACAUUCCAGUUUACAUACAAGCACUAGUGAUAUGACACGGGUGAGAAUUCAAAUUGAUAACAAAAUGUCUGAAACAUUGUGCUGAAUUAGAAAAGACUGAAACAUGAUGAACAGUGACAGAUGAAGUGACAUUAGCU